CACAAUUACAUCUGUUACUGGACAACGCAUUCCCACGAUGGCUAAAGAGACGGAAAGAAAGAGGAAGUUGGAGCAGGAGCACGUCAAUACUGCAACGCCGAAAAGGCAGAAGCAGGCGCAGAAGAGUGCGGCAAAGGCUAAUGGCACCGUGAAUGGAAGCACACCGAAGCACAAUGCAGUGCCCGCUACAACAGACACUCCCGAUACGCCAAAGCUGAGCAAACAGGAGAAGAAGGCUGCACGAGUCAGCGAAGUCAAGACUGAGCUCCAACAGCCCGUGAAUCCGGAUGAAAGCCAGGCCACUCCAGCGAAGAAUGCUAAAAAGCGAAAGUCUUUGCAGAACGGCGCAUCUACCCACGUCAAGCAGGUGACAGGCAGUAAUGAACCUGAAAAGGGGGCAGAUGUGCCAAUGGUCGACGCGGAUGCAGGCCAAGCCGAGUCCAAGAAGAACAAGAAGAAAAAGAAGCAGCGAGUGGCUCAGGAACUCGUGGAGUGUGAACAAGUAGACACGGCAGCAGGAGCGGAGCAGAGGAGCGAGUCGGGCACAAUCCUGUCGACCAAUGAUAAGCGACAACGAGCUUUGGAGAAGAAGGCGAGGCGAAUUGCGCAUCGCGAAGUCAAGGCCGGUUUGAAAGGCGAUGAGGAACUGACCAAACCAAAUGAGUACGGCUGGUGGCUGUCCCAACCGAGUGCAGGACGAUACAUAGCACAGGAUCCGAUUUUUGUGGUAGAUGAGAAUGGUGACGAGUGCUUGAUUGCUGCUACUGUACGCGAAGUCCAGCUGCUACACUUGAACAGCUCUCUACUUGCAAGGACGCAUGCUGUUCCUGAUGGACGAUCGAUAUUGGCAUACACUCUCAGCGCCGAAUACCCAGACCACGUUGAGGUAUCAUACGACAAUGGUGCAAAGGUACAAUGGAACUGGACAAAUGGCUCCAUCAGCAAUGGCAACUAUCCCGGACAAGAGACCACGAUCGCCAUGACGAGCGCUUCACUCGCCGAUGGACGAUCUGAGGUCUACUACAUCUCUCGGAGUCAAGGCACCUACACAAUUGUCGGGAAAAGGAAGGCCCUGUACUCGACCUACCGCCGUCUGCAAAGCAUACAGGUACUUGGUGACGGCGUCUACAUCAUCUGUUUAGGCGCGACUGCAAUGGUUCUUGGCAAGAAAAAGGAUAAUAGUAACACUCCAGAGUACAUCUGGAUCGAGAUGCCAACACCAAUGCCCUUUCAAUGUCUGGAUGCGAGACUCGUCCUGCCAGCAUCGGCAAAGAACACCACCGAGCAGAAAGUAGGGGCGUCUGACCUCGCGCUUGCCAUCGGCAACGUAGAAGGACAGAUUCACUUCUACUCCAGCUUGAACUCUCUAUUUGGGAAGGCGUCGCAGGCCACUCUGCCAGAUCCACGUAUUUUGCACUGGCAUCGUGAGGCUGUGUCGACAGUCAAGUUUUCGAGAGAUGGAAACUAUCUCAUUUCAGGUGGCCGGGAGUCAGUGCUCGUCAUCUGGCAGCUCGAGACUGGCCAAAAGCAGUUCUUGCCACAUCUUACAGCGGAGGUUGAGCGGCUUGUGGUGUCGCCGAACGGCACCCAGUACGCUCUUCAAUUGGGAGACAACUCCGUCAUGGUAUUGAGCACGGCCGAAUUGAAGCCAAUCGCAAACUUUGCCGGCUUGCAACUUCCAGUGCGGAGCGAGCAACUUUGGCUUGAAGAGAUGACAGUACCCGCCACAACAGCCGUACUACAUCCAACCAAUCCAAGUCAGCUGCUGUUGACUGUUCCGGCUACGCAACCCAAAUAUGCACGAGAUGUCACGACACGUCCUUUCUUGCAGACUUUUGAUCUACAGAACGCUCGCCACAUCAGUCGCCAAGCACUGUCCCGGAAUAAUGUUACUGACUUCAAUCGCGGACCUGAAAACACGCCUAUCAUUCCACCAGAUGUCAAUCUGCUCGCAUUGAGUGCAGACGGGAAGUGGUUGGCGACCGUGGAUGAGUGGUUCCCUCCUGCAACAGAUCUGGAGCACGCUGUUGCACGUACGGCUGGACUGGACAACAUUGACCUCACAAACAUCCACGAACAGCAGUUAAAGCGUCGCGAGGUAUACCUCAAGUUUUGGAAAUGGGAUGAACAGCAGCAGAUUUGGACUCUGAGCACCAGAGCUGAUGCUCCCCAUGCCAGAACCUCGAAUUCGGACCUUGGGAACGGCGCAGGUCGUGUAUUGGAGCUGAAGUCAGAUCCAGCUUCAAAUGGCUUCGCAACAGUGGGCGAGGAUGGCGAGGUGAAGAUUUGGAAGUCGAAACCCAAAUUCCGGAAUGGUGUGCCACUUCAGGAUGCGCGUGGUGAUGACUUGAUGGAAUGGACAUGUCGGAGGACGGUUGGGCUUCCCAUCGCCACUGACUUGGAGGAGCGCGCCGACUCUCCCAUGGAUGGAGUGUUUGAGCAUAACAAAACGCAGUCCGCAAUUGAUGCUUGUCUCGCAUACUCACCAGAUGGUUCGAUGCUGGCAUGCACCACCAUUUCUGCGGACGAGACCACACAGCCCCUCGUUCACUUCAUCAACCCCAACACUGGAGCCGUUACUGCUACCAAAACAGGCAUCAUCCCUGCCGAUGAGGACGUGCAGUCUUUUGGUUUCCUCGACCGUUACUUCAUCGUGCUCAGUCUCGGGCACAUUCGUGUUUGGAAUCUGGUCGACGACAAUGUGCACUACACAAUCAAGCUCCGUGGUUCAGUAGAUGAGCAGGAGAACGCUAAGCUGGCCAUCAACAGCACGGACGACACUUUCGCGGUCGCUUCGACUCUCCCAAUGUCAAUCGAGAACGACGUGAUUGUACCUCAGAUUAUAGUCUACACGCCGAAGCUCCCAGAACCACUUUUCGAAGCCGAGCUGGAAUCAAGCCCUGUAGCUCUACUGGCCGGACAAGACACCAAAGGCUACACAAUUCUGUUCGAAGACGGCACGAUCCGUACUCUAUCUUCUACGGCACAGGUGUCCUCUCGUGACAGACGCUUAUCCAUCGCAACCUCACCUUCCGAUAAGAUGGAAGAAGAAUCUCAGAACAUGGCGGAGAAUGCCGAAACAGCCUCCUCGUCUGCUCUCGCUAAGCUCAGCACGAAAGCGGAAGAUCAAGCAAUGGCAGAGAGCUUGGCGCCACUCAUGUUGACAGAAGGCGAGGAUGACAGGCCUGUGAUUCGGCCUGAACAUCUCACAAGUAUAUUCGACGUGGGAGGAUCAGGUGGUAGUGUGGCUUUACCGCCUGUUAGGGAUAUGUUUCGUGAUCUUGUGGGACUAUUAGCUAAGAAGCCACGAGCGAGGGUGGCGAUGGAUGUGUAGAGAGUGUACAGGUAAAAAAAAAGUAUAAUGCUG